UUAUGUUGACACACCGCUUAGCGCGCGCUCAGUAGCUAUGUGUACACCCCGCUCCGCUCGCCCUAGUGGCUCUAUAGCUCUCAGCUCACACCUGUACCACACGCCAACCUCCUGUGCUUUCUUUCGAAGCAACCAUAGCUGACAUCAACAAGGAAUGCCCAUAUCUGACAUCUGUCUGGACCUCGAAGACGAGUUCGACUACCAGGAGCUAGAACGCUUACACCUAGAGGACGCAAUUCGUUAUUCGACUCGUACCGUGCCUAGCGAAGACAUGGACCGCAGAACUACUCCACGUGGCUCGCCUCCGAUGAGCGCCACUGGGUAUGGUGGACCAGGGCCGCGCUAUCCAGUUCCGCGAUCCGUAUACGAGGCUCAGGCAUCACUCAACGAUGGCAUCAGAACCUCGCCGUCAGGGUCGCCCACUCCUCCACACAAUGCUUCGAAGCACGAUCCAAUUUCCUGUCUGCCGAUGCCGCGGUCCGUUCGCAAGCCCCAGGUCCCGCAAGAGCACAUAGAUGAGAGACCGAAUCGCUUGCGCAGUCUUCCAACGAGCAUCGCCCAAAACCGCGGCUUGGGAGCCUCUGCACCUGUUCCGCAGUCUGUUCGCCAGAGCCAAGCACCACAAGCAAAUCCAAUCGGCAAUACGGCCUCCUCUCGAUCUCCUCUAACGAACACCACUCGGGACAGCGGCAUGGACGGUCAGGCAGUGCAUCACAUUCAACCUCCACAGCACUAUCUCCAACGUCAAGAGCCCUGCGCGCACGCGAGUGACAGCCCAAAUAUGCCUCGCUACCUUCCGACAAGUAGUGCUGGAAAUGGCGGCCUAAGCCUGCAUCUUCCCGUUCCACAAUUCAUCCGUCAACGUCAAGCUCAAGGCAAACUCAUGAGUGAGAAUGCUAACCCAUCACGCAUGCCCACUACGUCCGGUACUCUGACACGAGGCGGACGCGGACAGCCUCCAAUUCCGCGAUCUAUUCUUCAUCAGUAUCAAGCACCUGGCGAACCCACGAACCGUAUCAACACCCCACGUCCAUUUCCUUCAAUGGCUGCUAGUUACGAGAACAGCGAUCGAGGAGCGCGUCUUCUUCCACCUUCGGGACCUCAGGUGACUGAUACUCGGUCUUCUCCGUUCAACUUUCCCGCUCUGAGAACGUACUCCAGUUUUGAUCGGUACGGCUCCGGUCCGAACGGCGGGUCCAUGGCCAAUAGAUCAAGAAUGCCAGACCUGGUGGACGCUUCUACACCUCUUAGCCGUUUGACCCGACGUCCGGUUCCACGGGAGAUCCGUGCUUCGCGAUCCGGCAACGGCUAUCAAGCUCCUCCCCAACGCUCUGCCAUCCAGACUCAGCAGUCCCCCAUACUACGAGGAGCUCCACAAGCCCAGGGGCCACAAGUCACACAGCCCUCUCAACGCGGAACACCGAAUCCGCCCACCCAUACGCGGCGGAUCCCGCGUCCACUCAUCCCAGGCAUGCCUCGCAACCAGCGGAUAGGCUUCUUCCAGCCGCCUCCACCUCCGCCGUUCAAAGCGCAACUCCAGAACUACGAAAUCGUCUCCAUGGCAGAGCUCCCAUUAGGUGCUCGCUGCGAGAUCUGCUAUGAGCUGUAUGAUGACAGCGAUCACUAAGCUCUUCGGAUCUGAUGUGGUCAUGUGUUCCAUGGGGAGUGUCUUCAGAAUUGGGUGAAUAGUGAGAUGCGGAAUGCGCAUACGUGUCUGAAGUGUCGGGGGACUUUGGCUGGGCAUCUGAGGAGGGUUGACAGUUAAGGGUGGUUGGCUGAGGGGGACUGUUGGUGAGUCGAUGGGGUGUACAUGACUGCAG